GAUCUGGAUCCAGCUCUGACUUUGUUCAAUGGAAGUAUGUUACCAGCUGCCGGUUUUGCCUCUAGACAGGCCGGUUCCUAAGCAUGUCCUCAGCCGGAGAGGAGCCAUCAGUUUCAGCUCCAGCUCGUCUCUCUUCGGCGCUCCUGAUCCAAGACAGCUGUCUCAGAGACGAGGGGCCAUCUCUUAUGACAGCUCAGAUCAGACCGCUCUGUACAUUCGUAUGCUUGGAGAUGUGAGAGUGAGAAGUCGGGUAGGAUUUGACCCAGAAGGAAAAGGUUCCUACUCGUACCUGUGCAUCGACUUCCGCACCCUACACUCCUACUCAGACUCUACUCUGAUCCCUGGUCCUGGCUUCAGUUCGGCUGGGCCUGUGUCUGGCAGGAGGCUCCGCAGACUGCUCAGCUUCCAGAGGUACCUGCACUCCUCCCGUCUGCUCUGGGGAACACCCCACCUCAACCCCCUCCACAUCCUGGAUGAGGACUACACCGGACAGGCCAAGUGUAUGCUGGAAAGGGUCGCGACCUGGAAUUUCGACAUUUUCCUCUAUGACAGAUUAACCAAUGGAAACAGCCUGGUGACGCUGACCUUUCACCUCCUUAACCAGUAUGGUCUGUUGGAGCUGUUUCAGCUGGACAUGGUAAAGCUGUGGCGCUUCCUGGUCAUGGUGCAGGAAGACUACCACAGCCUCAACCCCUACCACAACGCUGUGCACGCCGCUGACGUCACGCAGGCCAUGUACUGUUACCUGCGAGAACCCAAGCUGGCCAAGUCCCUGACGUCCUGUGACAUCCUCCUGGGCCUGUUGGCAGCCGCCACUCAUGACCUGGACCACCCGGGAGUCAACCAGCCCUUCCUCAUCAAGACCAACCACUACCUGGCCAAGCUCUACAGGAACUCCUCUGUUCUGGAGAACCAUCACUGGAGGUCUGCAGUAGGUCUGCUCAGAGAGACCGGCCUGUUCUCCCACCUGCCUGCUGAGGACGGGCUGAAGAUGGAGCACCAACUGGGUUCUCUUAUCCUAGCCACUGACAUCAGCAGACAGAACGAGUACCUGGGGAAGUUCAGGACACACCUGGACCAGGAUGACCUGUACCUGAGCAACGCCAGCCACCGACACUUCAUCCUCCAGAUGGCUCUGAAAUGUGCGGACAUCUGCAACCCCUGCAGACCCUGGGAGCUGAGCAAACAGUGGAGUGAGAAAGUGACGGAAGAGUUCUUCCACCAAGGAGACAUUGAGAAGAAGCACCGACUUGAAGUCAGUCCACUGUGUGAUAGCCAGAGUAACUCCAUGGCAAACAUUCAAAUUGGUUUCAUGACGUACGUGGUGGAGCCUUUGUUUGCUGAGUGGGGCCGGUUCUCUGACACGCAUCUGUCCCAGACCAUGCUGGGCCACCUGGGGCUGAACAAGGCCAGCUGGGGUGGGUUAGUACAGCAGGAGGGGUCCUCUAGCCCCGAGGAGCUGGGACCUAGCAGCCCUGCCUUCUUCACCAUGUCAACGCCCGCCGUCACCGAGUCAGAACCAGAGUCUGCCUCUGCUGCGGAACCCAUAGCUGUCACCACGGCAACAGCCACAGGAGAAACCAACUACAAAGAAAUACCUCAGGGAAGCAAGGAGUCCUGACACUCCAUGUUUGCCCUUAGAACCCUGACCCUUAACCGCUAGCCUCGACACACACUGGGGAGAGGGUGGGAGGAGCGGGGUAUGGCCUUUAAACCCCCCUCCCACUGCCCCACCAGAACAGUACUCAUGUUUUUGUUGCCUUUGCCUCCCAUAUUUGACAAACCACAGAUUUUAUUUAUUUAUUUUUUAAUUCCUUUCCUUGACAUACAUAGAUACUGCUGCUGUAUUUAGUAUUUUUAUUGGCUUUAUUUAUUUAUUUGUCCUCUGUAGUUUUAGCCUUACUAAUGUAACACCACCAUUUUGAAGGCGAAGUGCCAUUUUCAAACAAAGUUCUGUAGGAGGAUUUGAAACACACUGAGUAUUGAAGAGAUGCUCUCUAAAGACCGCACAGAGAUGCCGUGAUGUGUGUUGAUGCAUUUGUAAGGAAUCUUCUUCCUGAAGAUAAUGUGACAAGCCCAGUCCUUUUGCUGCCUCUAUGAAGACUGUUUACAGAUGUUUGUUUGUCCUUGUUGUCCAUUCGAAAUGAAUCAUUAUGGUUCCGCGAUAUGCCUUCUAAGCACAGAUGCGAAGAACCACUAGUGUUUGAAUUGUCGACUCACUGCUGAAGUUGACUGAUACACACACGCACACACACACCAGAUGCCAUAAAGAAACACCCCCUGUGCUCCAUUGUAUUCAUCUCUUCCUUGCACUGCCAAAAGACUGAAAUAUUGGACACAACUUCUGUUCUGAGAGAACUUGGGUUAGACAGAAUGGUAUUCUAGAAUGUAACUAAUAUGAAGAAGCAUUGUUGUCAGUGACUGUAGAGAAUGCAUGACCUCUAACCCUGGACCAGUCACUGAGGCAUAGUACACACACCCCAUCUGAAAACUCCCAUCACAACACCACUCACGCAGGGUGGACUGUAGGAGGGAAGUUUACUGUGGUUUAGCUACCUGUGAAACAGCUGUUUACGUCUACUGAAUGGGACUCUCUCAGAAUGUCUCUCAUUAUCAUCAUAGCCACAUGCAACCUAGGACUGCUGUACUGAUGCCUUAUAACUAUGCACACUGCGCUAAGUGACCAAACCAGCUCCCUACCACUAGUUCUUCUAGUAAUCUCAUGAAGUACAUCGUGUGCUUGUCCUCUCAAUGCACUUAUUUUCUUUUGCCUUUUUGUGAAGAAAAACUGAACUCAAACACAUUCUGUAUAUAAAUGUUUUUUUUUUUUUUUUACAUUCCAUCUCCAUUUAUACAUUUUUAUUCUGUAGACUGCACAAAGAUUUUAACAGGUGCUUUUUCCUAUUUUAGCUGAUUUUAGUAUUUUCGCUGUAAAACUGUUUACAAUUUGUUGCGACAGCCAUUUUGGGAAGAAGACUUGUCAAGCCAUUUUGUACAGGAUUUGCCGUAUUGACCUUUUGAUACAUGCUUGUUGCCGUUUACAUUUUGAUAAAUAAAACAAGUUGACAUGAA